CAAAUUGUAAAAUUUGCAGAUUAAUAUAAUAUUAGUACUCAAUAGUAGUAACACAAAUAGCCUGAUCGAAAAACAUAAAGGUCUGUUAAAUUUAAAAAAUAAACGCUAAAGCCAAAUUUAGAUCACAAGGCACGCAUGCAUGCGCAGGAGAAGCCUCCCGCCUCCCUUGAUCACUUUGAGAGAGCGCAUCACGCUCCUUAAUUGGACUCCGCCAGCCAGCGAAAGUGGUCUCUCUGCAUCUUCCCGUGGAUUUAUGUGAAGGCAUGCUGGCAUCCAAGAAGACUUAAAUAAAGGCGAUAUAGACCAGAGAAAGAGUCCAGCUAUGUUCAGAGCAGUGUUUGGAAACAAGAAGGAAGGAGGAGGGAAAAAGAGCCAGAAAAAUGCAGGUGUUGAGGUACACAUGCCCAGCAUCCAGCAUCGAGGCAGCAACCAGCGUGCAACUCACCACCAUGGUCAUAAUGGCAGCCAACUAAAUCGGAAGAGACUGACUAAGGGCGUGUCCAUUUCUUUACCGUCCUCCCCCCUUCUCCCUCGCCAGGGCGACAUGGCUUCCUCCCAAUUGUGCGUCAAGUUCCCAGAACGAGCAAGGAAGCCGGAGUAUGUGGAUGGCUCUUCCAGCGUGAGAGAACCUCUUGUCUUUGCUUCCUGCCUUGGCAAGAAAGGCCACAGAGACCUCCACGUGGAGCCCCACCUCGGCUCCUCCCUUUCUACCCAGGAACUGAUGACCAGACUAUGCUUCUUAUUGGGCGAAGCAACGGGCAGCACUGCUAGCUCUCCUAUGGAGGACAGGAGGGAAAAGAAGUGUGACACCUCUGUCCAAGGGGGGAGUCCCAGCUCCACUCUUACCUGCAGUACCACCUCCCCUUGUACGGAGAGCCCCACAUCCACCCUGAGUAUCAGUGCUGGAGGCCAGUCCCUAACCCAGUCUUUACCCUUAACCUCCCCUCAUUGUGGCUCUAGCACCAGCCCCUGUGGGACCCUCUCUAGCCCUGCACACAGCCCUGCCCCCUGUCCUACUUCUGGACUCAUCUCUGUGAGCAGUCCUGGGCUUCCAUCUCAGAGCCCCACCUCAACCUUGGAGAGCAAGGAUAGUGGUAUUAUAGCAACCAUCACAAGUUCCUCUGAGAAUGAGGAGCGCAGCACUUCCAGCGAUGUUCUGACAAAGGAGGAGUGCCCAGGGGGCAGUGCUGGUGUCAUGGGCCACGCCAGCGACGACCGCCAUCCUGGGCAAACCAGGGACAAUCUGAUGGCCUCACAACCAGAGGCCUUACCCAGAACCGAGAUCAUGGAGCUAAGGACACCACCGGCACCAAAAAGACCCCUCCCACAGCACCACAUUCAGGGCUCCUCUUCACUCGUGAUGCCCCGUCCAAAUUCAGUGGCAGCAACAAGCUCCACUCGGCUGGAGGAUUUGAGUUAUCUGGACAACCAAAGGGCUGCGGGGCACCGGGGCUCCGUCCGAAAGCACGACACAGCUGGACGCACAAGUGAUGAAUCCAAAGGGAGACUGGUGCCAUUCAAACAAACAGACAUACUGCUAAAACCGUUGCUGUUCGAAGUCCCUGGGGUCUCUGCGGAAACACCUUUUGUCGGCCGGGACUGGCUGUUCGCACGGCUGGAGGAGGUCUUGAGGAAAACAAGCACUUGUGAGGGCCGCGGCGCUGUCAUAGUGGGUAACGCCGGAUCUGGCAAGACUGCCAUCAUCUGGCGGCUUGUGUCGCUCAGCUGCCAUGGGAUGCGAACACUAAAGGGAGGUCCCUGCGACUCCCACAGCCCCAAAUCCUCCCCUAAAUCUGGAGACAAGCAGGGAAAAGCAGCCUCCAACCAAAGCUCUGCUGCAGGAACAGCUGACAAUGCAGGGCAGAGGAAGGAGGCUGUGAGAUGCCUAGCUGCCAAGGUAGUAGCCUACCACUUAUGCCAGGCAGACAACACAUACACCUGCCUGGUUCCGGAGUUUGUCCACAGUGUCGCCGCCCUGCUGGCCAGAGCGCCUCAGCUUGCCCCGUACAAGGAACUGCUGGCACAGGAACCCCAUCUACAAAAUCAGCUUAGCCUGCGUUCCUGCGUUCAAGAUCCCAUCGCUGCCUUCAGGAAGGGUGUCCUCGAGCCUCUAGCCAGCUUACGCAAAGAACGAAGGCUACCUGAGGAAGACUACAUCAUAUUGGUCGACAGUCUUAAUGAAGCAGAGUUUCACAAGCCGGACUACGGGGACACAGUUGCUACCUUCAUCACCAAAAUAAUUUCCAAGUUUCCUCACUGGCUGAAGCUGGUGGUCACAGUCAGGACGGGGCUGGUGGAAAUCACCACGCUCCUUCCUUUCUCUGGCAUUUCAUUGGACAUCCUGCCAGACAGCAGUGAUCUGGGCGCCGACCUGAGCGACUACAUCCAUCACCGGGUCAGCGGUAGCAGCCAGAUUGCUGCUAAUGUUACCACGCCAACAGGUUCCGCUCCUGAUCCUCUGCUCCUCAGCAAGUUCAGCAGCAACCUCUCUACCCGGAGCCAUGGCUCCAUCCUCUAUCUUCAGCUGACUCUGGAUCUGUUCCACAAAGGCCACCUGACUCUGAAAGGAGGAAACUACCUGGUUGUGCCCGUCUCCCUGUCAGAGGUGUACCUGCUGAUGUGCCGUGUGAGCUUUCCGGAUAAAGACGUCUUUGAGCAGGUCCUUCCGGUGCUAAAUGUGGCACUGGCGUCUCUGCACCCACUGACUGAUGAACAAAUGUUCAGGGCACUGAACGCAGGCAGUGUUAAGGGGGAGCUGGAGUGGAACGACUUCCAGCAGAGAUUAGACAGUCUGGCUGGAUUCAUGGUCAGGCGUAGGGAUGGCACUCGGAUGCUGUGCCAUCCCUCCUUCAGAGAGUGGUUGGUUUGGAGAGCUGAUGGAGAAAGCACAGAUUUUCUUUGUGAUCCGAGGAGUGGCCAUGCUCUCCUGGCCUUCAUGUUCUCCAGACAGGAGGGAAAGCUAAACCGCCAGCAGACUAUGGAACUGGGACACCACAUCCUCAAAGCCCACAUAUUCAAAGGUCUGAGUAAGAAGACUGGCGUGUCCUCCAGCGUUCUUCAGGCCAUGUGGGUAAACUGCAGCACAGAUAGUCUGUCAGCUGCACUGGGCUCCCUGAGGAACCUGUAUACUCCUAACAUCAAGGUAAGCCGUUUGCUGAUGCUCGGUGGUGCAUGUGUGACCUGGUGUACGGAGGUGAUAGGACAUGCUCCCAUCCUGGCUGUCCACACCCACCUGGGGCACGUGGAGAUGGUAGCUUUGCUGCUUGAAAUGGGUGCUCCUAUAGAUGGGACCACUGGCAGCGGCAUGACGCCCCUUUGUCUGGCGGCUGCAGCAGGACACGCCGACAUCGUCAGCCUGCUGUGCAAGAAAGGAGCGAAGGUGGGGCAUGCUGAUAAGAGUGGCCAGUGUGCGCUGGUCCAUUCUGGGCUGAAAGGCCAUGCAGAAAUCAUCAUCAACUUGCUGGGCCAGGAUUGGGGAGCGGAUAUCCCCGCCGAUCCACAGCAGCAACACGGGAAUGAAACCACAACCGGGAAAACACAGGCAGCCCAGCAAGCAGUCACGGCUGCAGCCAGUGUGGGACACAUGCAGGUGGUGAAAAGCUUUCUGGACUUGAAAGAUGAACAGCUGGCAGUGCAGAUGGAUGCUCACGACUCACUCUGGGGAGAAACGGUACUGAGUGCGGCAGCGGGGAGAGGGCGACUGGAGAUAUGUGUGUUCCUCCUGGAUCACGGAGCAGAGCUGGAGGUGCCAAACCGCAGAGGAAUGGUCCCACUGCUUAGUGCUGUCAAACAUGGCCACACACAGGUCGCUGAGCUGCUUUUAAAGAAAGGUGCAGAUAUUAAUAUCAGCGACAAACAAGGUCGCACCGCGCUGAUGUUGUCCGCCUCUGAGGGACACAGUGCCACUGUUGAGCUCCUGCUGUCGAAGGGUGCCUCUCUGUCUUCUUCAGAUCAGGAGGGGCUGACGGCACUUAGCUGGGCCUGCAUGAAGGGCCAGAAGGGGGUGGUGCAGCUUCUGGUGGAGGCAGGAGCAGAUCUGAACCAAGCAGACAGGCAGGGACGAACUCCGCUUGACCUAGCUGCCCUCAACGGGGAUGCAGAUACAGUGCACAGCCUGGUGGAGCAUGGAGCGGUGCUGGAGAGAUCAGACAACAGCGGUACCAGAGGUUCGGAUCGACCAGCAGGCUGCCAAAAUCCAGCUCUGGUUGCUUCACUGCUAAAGAAGGGAUCCAAAACAAGCUACAAAACCGCACCACAUGAUCGGUCAGGUCACGCUACGUGGGCUAUGGCUUCCUCCAAACCAGACAUCCUCCUCAUCCUGCUGCAGAAGCUGAUGGAGGAAGGGAACAUCCUCUACAAGAAGGGACGUAUGAAGGAAGCAGGCCAGCGCUACCAGUACGCUCUGAGGAAGCUCCCCCGUGAGGGGCAAGGAGACGAGCUGAAGGGACUCAUAGACCUGCGAGUCUCCCUCUAUCUGAACCUUUCACGCUGUCGCAGAAAAACCAACGAUUUUGGCAUCGCAGAGGAGUUUGCAACCAAAGCUCUAGAACUGAAACCCAGGUCUUAUGAGGCUUAUUACGCCAGAGCACGGGCCAAGAGGAGUAGCAGGCAUUUUGCUGCGGCGCUGGCAGAUCUCCACGAAGCAGCACGACUCUGCCCGUCCAACCGGGAGAUUCGCCGCCUGCUGGUGCGAGUAGAGGAAGAAUGCAAACAUCAUCAGAAGAUAGCCGGCAACAACGCGGCGCAGGGUUACAACAGGAACCCUCACGCCCACCACCAUCAACCCACAGAGGAGGAAACAGACGUCUUUUCACUGGGAAGCCUGGAGAGGCAAAUCCCAGCCGAGCAGCUUGAUCCAGAAAGGGAAGAAGAGAGGGAGGAAGGAGACGAGGUGGGUCUUCGCUGUGGGAAAGGUCCAGAAUUUUGGCCUCUGAAUCCAUAUGGUCCUAACAGGGCGCUCCCCGGAGGUGUGGCAUUUGGUUUACCCGAUCAGUCUCCAUGUUUUCCUCCUGAGGAAUAUGUUCAGAACCAGCUGUUUGUGGACAUGUUUGAGCCUGCUCAUCCCAUGAACAGACAGACGCAGAAUCAGGGCAGCAGGACUCAUCACAACUGCCACUCUCUCCAGUCAGGGAGCAGAGGCGGGGUCAGGCCUAUGUCUCUGUGUGGUCCAUCUAGCCCUCUACCAGGCAGGCACAUCUCCACCUCCCUGAGGCCAGCACCUCCUGGGGGAAUUGACAUUGGCCCUGGAUUAGCCAAUGAACUCUCUCGACACAGUCCUACUGAGCAUUAUCAUCCUCUGUCCCCCAACAGCUCAUCCCCACCUGGACCUCUCCAAAUGUUCCAGCCUCGCUCCUCCAGCUUCUCCAGAGGCUCUGACAGACUGUCCACCCACUCCGGGCCUCUGGAUAGCCUUGCUCUUGCUUUGGGAUCCGGGCUGGAUGGAAGGAGGGACGGUGGUGGAGGAGGAACAGCAGGCUCGAGGGGCUCCAGCUCCAGUCAGGCCUCCAGCGGGAACCUGUCAGACGGAGGAAGGCAGCAGGGGCCAGAUGCCCCGUGUUCCAUCAAGAGCAGCGGCAGCUUCAAGGCCAAACCUGAGCUGAAGCCACGGCCCUUCAUGGGGGUCAUAGACAAGUCAGUGCGGGUCCAGAGCCAGCAGAGCUCCAGCAUGAGCCGACAAGGUCAGGGAGGAGGAGGCGGCGCAGAGAGUUUCAGUAUGUCAGUCAUGGAGUUCCAAGGGCUGAACAAUGAGUUCAAACGCGCCUCAUUCCAGGAGCAGCUCUCUGGGAGCCAGCUGCAGGCCAGGGAAUUUGGAGAUCGUUCCCAUCAGCGAGAGAGCAGAGGAGCUGCGUCCUCCCAGCUACUCUUUCCCGAGGGCAGGCACAGACAGGCGAGCCUUACGAGAGACAACCCAGCUCUGCACAUGGCUCCCAUCAAACCUAAACGCUCAUUUAUAGAGUCCAACGUCUGAACAGUUUGUCAUAGCACAGAUAGGGUUAUGUCCCACGUAAGGUAGCAAGGAGACUGAUCUGAGAGCAGCUCUCUUCCUUGAGCCUGUUUUGUAGAUUUCUGCUGCUGCACUGCAUAUACAAUCUAGAACCAGAACCGGAACUCAGGCUACUACGCUUUUGCUUACAUGUAUACAACCACACUAGUGUAUUCAUGGAAACCAGACAUACCUUAAGUAGAGAUUUUAAAAAAAACAUGAAUACAUGAGACAUUAUCUCAACUUUAGCAAAUUAUAUAAAAUAAAUAAGCCAGAGAAAGCUUUGUGCACGAGUAUACAAAACCUCCCGCUAUUAGCUGCAGGUUCUAACCAUUUCUAUUGUCCAGUGUCUUUUAAAAAGCAUCUAUAUUUGUACGGUGUACACGAUCUUUGCAGAUAAUAUAUUUCCUCGUAGGUGAUUUAUCUGUCAGCAUUAGAGGCUUCAACAGAGAUUACUUUGUGGACUCAAGAUUCUCUUUGUUGGUACAUUUGAUAAGAAAUGUCUUUGUACAUUUCAUUGUUGGAAACCUCCUCAUGACUGGACAUUACUGCAUCAACAUUUACAGUAUAUAGUAUGUUAUUUAUUUUUGCAUAGCAGAGACCAUGUUUAGACAAAGUGUUUAUGAGCUUGAAGACAGAAAGAGAGAAAUUACAGAAUGUAGGACAGAUAAAUCUUAUGAGACUUAUUACAUUGCAUUAUGUCCAUAGUUGUCAUAUACCCUUUGCAGAGUUAUACUAUGAUAUACACAAUGUUGCCACAUUAUAAUUGUGGUAUAUUAAAAAAUAUUGAUGGACUGUA